AUGGCCACUCACGUUGCCGCCGGCCUGCAAAAGGCCCAGCAAGCAGUGCAGGACACUGCCACCAAGAAUAAGAAGCUCGUCGACCUCGAGGCAGAGACCGUCGACAGCACUUCAAAGCAGCCCCAGUCAACGGACCAUGGCGUAGGAAUCACGGAUCCCGACCACUGGCUGCGCGUUGCCAACGAGCAGCAAUCAGGCCCGUCGCUGUUGGAGGACCAGAUUGCGCGCGAGAAGAUCCAUCGCUUCGACCACGAGCGCAUCCCAGAGCGAGUCGUCCAUGCCCGGGGCACUGGUGCCUUUGGUAACUUCACGCUGCACGAGAGUAUCGAGGAUCUGACGUAUGCUGGUGUCUUGACGGAUACUUCGCGGAACACGCCGGUGUUCGUGCGCUUCUCUACUGUCCAGGGCAGCAAGGGCAGUGCUGAUACCGUGCGCGAUGUCCGAGGAUUCGCAGUCAAGAUGUACACUGAUGAAGGAAACUGGGACAUUGUUGGCAACAACAUUCCCGUCUUCUUCAUCCAGGACGCCAUUAAGUUCCCCGACAUGGUUCACGCCGUCAAGCCAGAACCCCAUAACGAGGUUCCCCAGGCGCAGACGGCCCAUAACAACUUCUGGGACUUUGUAUACCUGCACCCUGAAGCCACCCAUAUGUUCAUGUGGGCCAUGUCGGACCGCGCCAUCCCCAGAUCUUUCCGCAUGAUGCAGGGCUUCGGAGUCAACACAUACUCUCUCGUCAACAAGGAGGGCAAACGCCACUUCGUCAAGUUCCACUGGACACCGCACCUCGGUGUACACUCGUUCGUCUGGGACGAAGCCCUCAAGCUGGGCGGGCAAGACCCAGACUUCCACCGCAAGGACCUCAUGGAAGCCAUCGAGAACAAGGCGUACCCGAAAUGGGACCUGGGCAUCCAAGUCAUCGCCGAAGAAGACCAGGACAAGUUCGAAUUCGACAUCAUGGACGCAACCAAGAUCUGGCCUGAGGAGCUCGUGCCCAUUCGAACAAUCGGCGAGCUCGAACUGAACCGUAACGUGGACGAAUUCUUCACCCAAACUGAACAGGUCGCCUUCUGUACAUCCCAUAUCGUCCCUGGCGUCGACUUCUCCGACGACCCUCUCCUCCAGGGCCGCAACUUCUCCUACUUCGACACCCAAAUCAGCCGCCUGGGCAUCAACUGGGAAGAGCUCCCCAUUAACCGCCCUGUCUGCCCAUUCAUGAACUUCAACCGCGACGGCGCGAUGCGCCACCGCGUCUCAAAGGGCAACGUCAACUACUAUCCAAACCGCUACGAAGCGGGCCCUCCAUCGAAACCAGGCCAGCAGGGCUUCGUCUCACACCCCCAGAAGAUAACAGGCACUAAGCGCCGCGACCUGACCCCCAAGUUCAAGGAAUACCACAACCAGGCGCAGCUCUUCUACAACUCCAUGUCCGAGAUCGAGAAGGUGCACAUGCGCAAGGCCUUCUCCUUCGAACUCGACCACUGCGACGACCCGAUCGUCUACGAGCGCCUCGCCGGCCACCGACUCGCAGAGCUGGACCUGCCCCUCGCCCAGGCCGUAGCCGAGAUGGUCGGCGCGCCUAUCCCGCAGAAAGCCCUACGUCCGAACCACGGCAAGAAGUCGGUGCGAUUAUCCCAGCUCGAGUUCCCGCCGAAGACGCCUGGAAUCGUCAGUCGCAGAAUCGCUAUCCUGAUUGGAGACGGCUACGACAAGGUCGCCUUCAACGGCAUUAAGGCUGCCAUUCUCGCCGCGCAGGCGUUGCCGUUCGUCAUUGGGACGAAGCGCUCUGCUAUCUAUGCUGAUGGCGAAUCAAAGGGCUCCUCCAAGGGCGUGGUCCCGGAUCACCAGUAUGAUGGACAGCGCUCGACUAUGUUCGACGCGACUUUCAUCCCCGGCGGGUCCCAUAUCAAGGCCCUCAAGCCGAACGGGCAGUUCCGGUACUGGAUCUCCGAGUCGUUUGGGCAUCUCAAGGCGAUUGGAGCUACAGGGGAGGGUGCUCAGUUUGUUAAGGAGGUCCUGGGCAGUGCUGUCGAUGUGAAGGUUGCUGGUGCGGACUCGAAGGCGCCGGUUGAGUGGUAUGGUGUUGUUACUGCAGGUACACCGCAGAAGCCGGAGAGCUUUAGUGAGGGAGUGAAGAUUGUGCAAAAUGCGACGGACUUUGUUGGCAAAUUCUUCUACCAGAUUAGCCAGCAUCGACACUGGCAGCGCGAGCUUGAUGGGUUGGCUGCGAGCGUUGCGGUUUAG